AGAAUAUAUUAGCGGCAAGAUAAAGCGCGCUCACACACUCUCUCACUCCAACUCUCUCUCUCUCUCACUUUCUACAUGGGCUUUGUGUCUACCUCCGCCGCCGUGUUCUCAGUCACAAAUCUUGAAAACCCACUUCACUGUAAGCCCCUUUGCGCCGCCGUUCCUCAGCUCCAUAGCUCUCCAAGAACCGGUUUUUCUUCAAAUUGGUGCUCAGCUGUGUUGAGGUUGAAUAGUUAUCCAAUUAAGGCUAUGGCAGAAGCUGUCGAUACCGUUUCUUCACCUGUUGCUGCCUCUGGUUCCUCCGUUUCUGGGAGCAAACAAGCUCUGAUUUCGCUUUCAGAUAAAAAGGAUUUGGCUCUGCUUGGCAAUGGACUCCAGGAAUUAGGAUAUAAAAUUGUCUCGACCGGAGGAACUGCAUCUGCCUUGGAGGGUAAUGGGGUGUCUGUCACUAGAGUGGAAGAACUCACCUGUUUUCCGGAAAUGCUUGAUGGUCGUGUAAAAACAUUACAUCCCAACAUCCAUGGAGGAAUCCUUGCUAGAAGAGAUCAAAGCCACCACAUGGAAGCUCUUGAUAAGCAUGGAAUUGGUACAUUUGAUGUGGUAAUUGUGAACUUGUAUCCGUUUUAUGACACGGUUUCCUCAACCAACGAAAUAUCAUUCGAGGAUGGAAUUGAGAAUAUUGACAUUGGUGGGCCUGCCAUGAUCAGAGCUGCGGCAAAGAAUCACAAGGAUGUCCUGGUGGUGGUUGAUUCAAAAGACUAUCCCGAACUUUUGGAAUCUCUUAAAGCAAAUAAGGUCAAUGAACAAUUUAGAAGGAAGCUAGCAUGGAAGGCUUUCCAACAUGUAGCUAGUUAUGAUUCUGCAGUUUCAGAGUGGCUUUGGAAGCAGACUGAGGGAGAAGAUAAAUUUCCUCCCAGCUUAACGGUGCCCCUUUCUCUCAAAAGUUCUCUUCGUUAUGGUGAGAAUCCUCAUCAAAAGGCUGCAUUUUAUGUUGACAAGAGUCUUGCUGAGUUUAAUGCGGGUGGUAUUGCAACUGCUAUUCAACAUCAUGGCAAGGAGAUGUCCUACAACAACUACCUAGAUGCUGAUGCAGCUUGGAACUGUGUGUGCGAGUUUAAAAAACCUACUUGUGUAGUUGUAAAGCAUACAAAUCCCUGUGGAGUAGCUUCGCGUGAAGAUAUAAUUGAGGCAUAUAGAUUAGCUGUAAAAGCAGAUCCAGUGAGUGCUUUUGGUGGCAUUGUCGCCUUUAACAUAGAAGUUGAUGAGGUUCUUGCCAAGGAUAUUCGAGAAUUCAGAAGUCCCACUGACGGAGAAACUCGAAUGUUUUAUGAGAUAGUUGUGGCUCCUGGAUAUACACAAAAGGGGCUAGAGGUUCUUCGUGGUAAGUCCAAGACAUUGAGAAUACUUGAGGCUAGCCAGAAUAGCAAAGGGAAGCUUUCACUCAGACAGGUUGGUGGGGGUUGGUUAGCUCAAGAUUCUGAUGAUUUAAGACCAGAAGAUAUACAAUUUAAAACAGUCUCUGAGAAGACACCUGAAGAAAGCGAGCUUCAUGAUGCAGAGUUUGCAUGGUUAUGUGUGAAGCAUGUAAAGAGCAACGCUAUUGUAGUUGCAAAGAAUAAUUGUAUGUUGGGCAUGGGAAGCGGGCAGCCAAACCGUGUGGAAAGCUUGAGGAUAGCUUUAAGAAAAGCUGGAACUGAGGCUAAAGGCGCAGCUUUGGCUAGUGAUGCAUUCUUUCCAUUUGCUUGGAAAGACGCAGUUGAAGAAGCCUGCGAAAGUGGAGUUGCUGUAAUAGCAGAGCCUGGGGGUAGCAUAAGAGACAAUGAUGCAGUUGAUUGUUGUAAUAAGUAUGGAGUUUCACUUCUCUUCACUAAUGUGAGGCACUUUAGGCAUUAGCAGAGAAGUGAAUCCAUCUAUUCCUUUGUGGAUGCUGAUUCAGGGGUUGCGGAAUGUGUAACUUGUAAAAUUUUGAUAUCCAUCGUCUUUAUUGGCCUUGGCUGAGUUGCAGAAUAAGGAGGUUUGUGAUCUGUAUGCUUGCAGAAAAGAUUUUGGAGCAAAGUUUUCUUAUAUGUGAGAUGGAAAACUUUAAAAUUUUA